AUGGCUCCCCUUUCUGAAAUAUGCGUCAUCGGAGGUGGGAUGAGUGGUCUCGCUACGGCUCUGGCAAUGGCGAAAUAUCUAUCGAGUCGAGAUGAGCCUGUCAACGUCACCGUUUAUGAACUUCGAGAUGAGCCAACAACUCCAGGAGGAGCUGUCAAUCUGAUGCCUAAUGCACUGCGGAAUCUCGAUAAACUCGGGGUGUACAGCCACCUCAAACAAAACAAGUGCGGUGUUGAGAUAGACAGGAUCGAGCUGUUCUCCAACUACUCCGGCCCAGACCAGCUUGCUUCUAUGGACUUUGUCGACAAGGAUGGCAACCCGCUCGGGAGCUUUAGGGGCCUUAGGGUGAUGAGGUCUGAUCUCAUGGAAGCCAUGCUUAACGCCAUCAGCGCCUCGACCUAUGCGAAUGUCACUUUGAAUAUACUCUAUGGCAAAAAGCUGGUGAGGAUAGAAGAGCCUGCUUCGAACCCGAAAGAAGGAGACAAAGGGGUGAAAGUGUCGUUUGAAGACGGAACGACAAUCGAGGCAGACCUAGUUCUAGGCUGUGACGGGAUACACUCGAAGACACGGAUGAACCACGUCGAGCCCGAACGUGUACCAGUUUACACCGGCAUCUCCACUGCCCAGGGAUACGUGGAUCGCAAAGCAGUCCCGUCAGACCUACAUUUUAAGGGAACUUGCUUGAAUAUGUCGCGAAGGGGAUCCUUGCUGGCCACUUUCUACGAGCCAACCCACGAGAGUAUCUACAUGGCAUCAGUGAUGGAGGCUAAGGAAACUCUCUCUCGUGAUGGAUGGAAAACCAAAGGCGCAGAUCAAGAUGCUGUCAGGGAAGAUAUCCUGGAUAGAUUUGGCGACUCUGCCUUCCCCUGCGUAAGGGAAAUGAUCUCAGCGUCAAAUAGCUGGUUCUUAUUCCCGGUUUACAAGCUACCUCCUGGCGGAAAGUGGUGCACGGAAAGAGUCAUGUUACUGGGGGAUGCAGCCCACGCAAUGCCCCCACAAGGCGAGAGUAUUGGUAUCGCGAUCGAAGAUGCCAUCCUGUUUACUCGCACGCUCGCAAAAUAUCGAUCGUUUCCACUAUCAAAGGCGUUCAAGGUCUAUAAGGAACUGCGCCGUGAUCGCAUACAUGAACAGUACCAAGAGGCAUCGAGGCGGUGGGAGACCGUUCGAGACUGUGGGUAUCUUGUGAAUAAGUUAAAAGAGGCCAUAAUGCCUUGGUGGAUUUGGUGGUCAAACGAAUCUCGCGUGAAGACCUUCAUGUCGGAUGCCGAAUCAGUUAUAAUCCCUUGA